AUGGAAAAUUCAGUUGAACAACGAGUUUGUUUGGAAUUUUGUGUUUUGAACGAAAUUUCAUGUGUUGAAGCAUUGAAAAUGGUGCAGAAAGCUUACGGGAACUCUUCUAUGUCUCGAACACAGGCAUACGAGUGGUAUAAAUCAUUCAAAGAGGGUCGUGAAGUGAUCGAAAAUUUGAAUCGUUCUAAACGUCCAUCAACAACAAAUACCGAAGAAAACGUGGCAAAAAUCAAGAAAAUCGUGAUGGAAGAACAUCGUAUGACUGAAAGGGAGAUUGCUCGUGACUUAAACAUCUCAAAUGGAUCCGUUCACCACAUUCUACAUGAUAUAUUGGGCAUGAGACCUUGA